GGACUGGAACAUUGGACGUGGCUACGUUAUGACAAGAUACGGUGGACCUGGUACUGACCACACCAAAGGGACAGCCCAAGGUCAAUACGCCUUUGUGGAUAUUACAAACAAAAACAAUAACGAUAAGGCAUCAUUGCUCAGUGAAGUAUUUUCUCCAACGAGUUCUAAAGGAAUGUGCCUCACAUUCUGGUUUCAUAUGGACAAAGACCUCGGUUUUAUCCGAGUAUUUUUGGAGCAACUCGCAGGCACGGGGAACAAUAUUACGGUUCCUCUAUACGCAUUGACCAAUAACUGGCAAAACAAAUGGAACUAUGGGCAGGUUGGCUAUUCAAGUCAAUACGACUAUUGGCUUAGAAUUGAGGUUAUGAAGGACUACGAGGGUAAAGGAUCGAUUGCGAUUGAUGACAUCAUAAUUAGAAAUGAUAACUGUGAUGUUAUUCCAUACGAUGCCAAUAUUUUUGGUACAACAGCAACACCAACAACACUGCAGAGUACACCAUUGCCAAGAGUGCCAUCUAGGUAUGAUUGCGACUUCGAGAUCGGAACAUGUGACUGGACACGUGAUUCUGAUAACGACUUUGAUUGGAUGAGGAUACAGGCAACGUCACCUGACAAUGAUGGCGGUCCAACAUUUGAUCAUACCACUAAAACAGAAAAUGGAUGGUUUAUGACAAUCCCCUUUGGCACAAUACGGACCGCUAAUGACUCUGCCAGGAUUCGAUCUUACAUCGUCCCUCCAACUGAAGGAAUCUGCUUGAGUUUUUGGUUCUACAUGUAUGGUCCAUUGGUCAAUACACUAAAUGUGUAUAUUGCCUCGGUGAAUCAAGACAAAGGACUACCAGUUUGGACAAGAAAGGGAUCCAGGGGAAAUGAAUGGCACCAAGGGGAACUUACAAUCAGAACUAAUUAUACGUCCCAGAUUCUCUUUGAAGGAAUGAGAGGUGUACUCUGGAAUGGUGUCAUUGCUUUGGAUGACGUUAUGGUUGAUAUGGGUCCUUGCAAGGGUGAUUUAUAUAGCCUAUGUGACUUUGAAAGUGGCGAUAUGUGCGGAUAUACAUCCCUUUUGGGUUCCAAAUACAACUGGACAGUCAAUUCCGGACAAACACCCACCAGAUUCACCGGACCAAGUGUUGAUCACACAUUUGGGACAUCAACAGGUCAGUAUCUUUAUGCGCGUUCUUCUGGACGUAAACCAUUGACGUUAGUGAGUACGCAGUCACCGAAAUACCCUAAAACUCGUGGUAAAUGUCUGCAGUUUUGGUACCACAUGUACGGGUAUGAUAUGGGAACCCUUAAUGUGUAUAUGACGUACAAGGCGCUAAAGGAUAAACUAUGGACGACCAGUGGCAAUAAAGGAAAUGCUUGGAAUGUCGCUCAGACUAGUCUUACGUCAGGAGUUGAUUACAAGGUGUUAUUUGAAGCUAUUGUUGGAAAUGGACCACGUGGGGAUAUUGCAAUUGACGAUAUAGCUAUUUUUGAAGGAUCUUGUCCCAAACCAGGAAACUGUGACUUUGAAUAUGGAAUGUGUACAUGGACAAACACGAAUUACUAUCAAUGGCUUAGAGGAUAUGGGGGGACUAAGAGCAGAUUUACGGGACCCGAAAUCGACCAUACACGCAAUUCUUUAGAGGGUCACUAUCUUUUUAUUGAAAGCAGCAGGCCGGGUAAAGCUGGGGAUACUGCUCAAGUACAGAGCGAAUGGUUUCCAAGUACAAAAGCUAGAUGUUUGAAGUUCUGGUAUCAUAUGUACGGAGAAGGUAUUGGUACGUUAAACAUAUAUGUGCAGAGUAUAAGACGUGGGUUUUCAUUAAGGCCUAGGCGCGUUUGGCAGCUGAGUGGGCAACAAGGGAACGACUGGAAGUUUGCACAAGUUGUUAUCAGAAGUAGCCUUUAUGAUUACAAGGUUUUGAUCGAAGGUGUGAGAGGAAGCAACCAUUUUGGUGACAUUGCUGUUGAUGACAUAACUUUUACAGAUGAAACGUGUAGUUUGGAACCAUCGUAUGCUAAACCUGGAUUUAUGACAACGGAUAUUCCAACAACAGCCAUAUCCAUGCCUCCAGCCUCGACUCCAGCACCAACAGCAAACGACUGUGAUUUCGAAACUGGGGUGUGCAACUGGAUCACAAAGUUGAAUGGUUAUGUUCCAUGGAUCAGAAUGCAGGGUCCGACAGGUGUAUCAAAAACAGGGCCUAUCGUUGAUCAUACAAAGGGAACAGAUGAGGGUUGGUACAUUGCUGCAAUUUCGAUCAGAUCACGACCAGGUCAAUCAGCAAGAGUUCAAAGUCCAACGUUGAAACCUGGAAAGGUAUGUCUCAAUUUCUGGUCCCAUAUGUAUGGGAGCGAUGUAGGAAAACUCAGGCUUCUCAAGGUUGGACAAGCAUCCAAGCCAGAUGACGUAAUAUGGAUACGAGAAGGAUCGCAAGAAGACCGUUGGGUAUACACCCAAUUGACUGUUACUUUGACAAAAGAUACAAAGAUAAUAUUUGAAGCAAUAAGAGGUUAUGGUGUUAGGGGAGACAUUGCACUUGAUGAUGUUCGAAUUACACCUGGUGUAUGUCCACGAAAAGACAACCAGUGUGAUUUUGAGACAGAACAAGGGUGUUCUAUAUCACUUGACAAUUCCCAACAAUUUACUUGGCUUCGAAACUCUGGAAGAACUAAAAACUUUGGAUCAGGUCCUGAUGUAGACCAUACAUUACAGACAUCAGUAGGGCACUAUAUGGUACUUGAUACUAGAUCGUUUGAUAAGGUUAACAAUUCAGCAAGAUUUCGGCUAUCUUCUUUCAAUGUAACACCCUUCCAAGCAAGUUGCAUUAGGUUUUGGACACACAUGUUUGGUAAAAACAUAGGAAAGCUGAAUGUUUACAUGACUAAUGAGACAACAACCUUAGAAAUACCGUUUUGGAGUAGAUCUUACGAUAUGGGUAACACAUGGAGGUUGGCUAAAAAGACUGUGUACCCCGCGGGAAGUUUUGAUUUAGUAUUUGAAGGACAUUACUCUGGACAACUGGGGGACAUUUCUGUUGAUGACGUUGAUGUGACAAAUGGAGAGUGCGAAAACCAAAAUGCCUGCGAUUUUGAGAUGGGGACUUGCAACUGGAUCAAUGAUGAGACAGGUGACUCUGAUUGGUUAAGAGGCAGAGGUAACUCAAUGAACGAAAUAGCUGGCCCUGCUUUUGAUCACACGACUGGACUACCCAAGGGUUUCUACAUGUUUGUUGAUGCAUCCCGACGUGUAACCAAGCAAAGCAAUGCUAUUCUAAUCAGUGACAUACUGCCAACGAGCAGAGCCGAUAGGUGUCUCUCGUUUUGGUACUUCUUCACUGGUUCUGGGAUUGCAUCUCUUACUGUUGCCAUCAGGAAUAAAGUUACACUCGAAAUGCCCCUAGAUGCCAAACUUUGGAAGGUCGUAAAUGAAAAUUCAGAUUCAUGGUUGCAUGGGCAAAUAAGUCUGAAAUCCCGAUACAACAAAUUGACAUCGCAGAUAUUAAUUACAUCAACAAGGGAAAGUGGUUUCAAUGGUAAAAUAGCCAUUGAUGAUAUAGACAUACUGGAAGCCCCAUGCAAACUCGAUCCAGAAUAUGCCGACGUGUCGCCCGAGGGUGCGCUUGGGGUAGUCUGCGAAUUCAGUGGUGGAUUUUGCAGUUGGAAAAGCAAAUCAAAUGUGCCGAGUGUGGCUUGGAAGAAAUCGAAUGGCACCAUUCCAAAGAUUGGACCAACGAAGGAUCAUAGUAAUAUGGGCACUAGGAACUUUGUUUUCGUUGACAUCGCCAACAACAUACUGCGUGAAGGUGACAUGGUGUCAUAUUACAGUGUUAAUCUCCCUCCAACUGAUGACCUUGGAAACUGCUUUACGUUCUGGUAUUAUAUGUAUGGGCCUGAGAUAGGGUCGCUGAGGGUGUUCACAACCCUGACAGAUGGCACCAAGCAGCUUCUGUGGGUUAAAACAGGCUCACAGAGUAACAUAUGGUUGGAAGAGAGCCUAAAUCUACAGUAUAACUACAAUUAUAAAGUAACAUUUGAGGUUAGGAUGAAUACAAAUCAAUGGAUCGGAACAAUAGCUCUUGAUGACUUUGAUCUUGUACUAGGAGCUUGUCCCGUUAAGAGAACAUGCGACUUUGAGGUGGAUACAUGUGGUUGGAUAGACGAUAAUAGACUUACAUAUCGCUGGACGAGGCAAACAGGAAACACGCGUACUGGACGAAAUGGACCCGUGAUAGAUCACACGUUAGGAUCUCCAUCAGGUUUUUACAUGCUAAGUUCAAACUCGAACACCAGAUAUGGAUAUAGGACAAGUUUAACGAGUCCAAACUAUCCUAAAACACGCAGGGGAGACUGUGUGCGGUUUUGGUAUUACACAUAUGGAAAUCAAGAUGGCGGAUCCAUCAGCAUCCAUACAAAGUCAUAUGGAAGAUUGAGUAAAGCUAUGUGGACAAGUCCAGGAGUCAACAGGAAAGAAUGGAGAUAUGGUCAGGUUACUGUGAAGAGAUAUGCUAGCUUUCAGGUAGUCCUUCAAGCAAUCCAUGGUAUCAGUAAAAAGGGUGGCAUCGCCAUUGAUGAUAUAGAAACGACAUCGGGUCCUUGUGUCCCAAAUGGACCAUGUGACUUUGAGACCGGAACUUGUGGGUAUUCCUCCACGGGAGAGGUUGACUGGUUACGAGCCAAUGGGAGGGAUGAUGUUGACUUCAUUGGGCCAGCCAUUGAUCACACAACAAAGUCUGAAAAAGGAUAUUUCAUGUAUACGCCAUUGAAUAUUGACAUAACUCCCAACACUACUGCAGUACUCGAAAGUCCUGAUAUUGAGUAUGGAUAUGGAAAGUGUAUUUCCUUCUGGUACAAUAUUGACAUAUUUCGGCCAACUACUCAUAUGCUGUCGGUGUUCACACGAGAGACCGUGUCAGCAACAAGAACUUUACUAUGGAGCACAUCAAUGAAUCAAGGAACAAACUGGUUCCAGAAGAUCCUCAAUUUGCCAGAUGGAUUGAACUCAACGUUCCAGAUUGUGUUUGAGGUUGUUUAUGGUGAUAGAGUCAUAGGGAGCAUUGCCAUUGAUGAUGUUGAUGUCAGUCUUAAAGCAUGUGGUGCGCAGGCAACAACAACUAUGGCACCAUUUACUCCACCGCCAACUAAAGCUCCCCUACUUGAAUGCACAUUUGAGUAUGACUUUUGUGGUUGGGAACAGGACUCUAACAACAAAUAUGAUUGGUUAAGACAAAAUGGUAGAACACCCACACGUAAAACUGGUCCAUUAUAUGAUCAUACAUUUGGAACUAUCAAUGGUUAUUAUAUAUUCAUCAAAGGGUCAGACACAGACUCAAAAAGUGCAUCCAGAAUUACAAGCCCUACAAUAUCAGAUAAGGCUCAAUCAUGGUGCCUAAGUUGGUGGUAUCACAUGUAUGGUCUACAUGUAGAAACACUUAACAUCUAUGUGGUCUAUAACUACAAGGGGCGAAUAAUAGGUGGCACGGAUGUCGUGUGGACCAAAUCUGGCAACCAAGGAAACCGAUGGAAUUAUGGUCAGGGGUUCUUUAAGACACAGCCCGGGGCCAAGAUUGUGUUUGAGGGAGUGCGUGGUAAAAUGGGUGAUGUCCUAAGCGAAAUAGCGCUAGAUGAUAUCAAAGUAGUCCCCGGAGAUUGCCCGCCAUCAAGAGUUUGCGACUUUGAAAAUUCGAUUGUGUGUGAGUACGAGGCCGUACUAAAUCAAGAUUUUAGCUGGAUUAAGGGAGAUGGGAAUAGUACCCAAGCGGACAUGGCACCUGCAGUAGACCAUACAACAGGCACAAGAGAUGGUAAGUAUAUGUAUGCGUCAGCGGAUACGACUAAGGCCCGCACCAAAGCCCAAAUGAUAAGUGAGCCUCAUCCGCCAACGAAUGCACAGUGUCUAACAUUCUGGUACACGAUCAACGGUCCUCCCAUUGAAAGUGUAGGGACUAUCACAGUAUAUGCAAAGACUAAGGCUGGACUGGGUGACGCCAUAUGGUCUAUAGAUGAUACACAGGGAACUGGUUGGAAGUAUGGGAGUGUAACCGUCAAGAGCCCAUUGAUGAAUUAUCAGGUUGUGUUUCAAGCAUACAGAGGUACAGCUAGGUCCGGCUAUAUGGCAAUUGAUGAUGUAGAAAUACUCGAUGGAGAGUGUGAUCCACAAGCAUCGUGUGGUUUCGAGGUUGACACUUGUACCUGGCAACAGGGGCGAGACGAUGAUUUAGACUGGCUUAGAUAUCAGGGUUCCACCCCUGCGUAUGGUACGGGACCAACGAAGGACCAUACAACAAACACAAAAUGGGGAUGGUAUAUGUACUUGAGUGCGUCUGGUCCCGCUACAAAGCCAGGCAUGAAAGCGAGGCUAUUGUCUGAGAGAAUCAUCCCAUACCUCUAUAAGUCAUUAGCAGAUGAUGAUAAUACUGAAUUCAAAAAGUUUUGUUUUAGUUUCUGGUACCACAUGAAUGGUAAAGAUAUUGGGACAAUCAACGUCUACAAAAAAGCUGUCCGUGAUGACGAUGAUGCAAAGUUGAAAUAUGGCACAAGAAUUUGGUCCAAGACUGGUGACCAAUCAAAAGCAUGGAACUAUGGGGUUGUCCAAAUAUCAGAUGUGCUUAGUCCUUUUGAUAUCACGAUUGAAGGAAUAAUCGGAUUAGCAUCACGUGGGGACAUUGCCAUUGACGAUACACGGCUUGAUUUCGGUCUGUGCUCUAACCACACCAGUGGGCCACCAUUUCAAUGUGGAGAGGGUACACAAGUUGCUGCUGAUAAAGUGUGCAACUUCGUCAGAGAUUGCAGAAACAACGCCGAUGAGCUAAUAUGUGGAGAUUGCACAUUUGAAAUGGAUACUUGCGAAUGGGUGGACACGAGUAAUGACGGCCUGUUGUGGAAAAGAGGAAGGAAUGGUACAGGAACAAUGCUGAGUGGCCCAACGAAUGAUCACACCACUGGAUCACAUACAGGCUGGUACAUGUUCACGGACGCUUCGGGUGGUGUAAAGCGUCCACAGCUGAGACACACUGCUGAGUUAAGCGGACCACCCUUACAAUCCUCAGGCCCACAGUGCACCGUAACCUUUUGGUAUCACCUCUACGGAAAAGAUGUUGGAGAAAUCUCGAUAAGUGUGCGUGGAACUGCUGAGUCACGUUAUACUGAGAUAUGGUACACACAGGGUGACAAUGGCGACACCUGGCGACAGGGCAAGGCAGUUGUUGGCAGUUUGGCUACACCAUUUGAAAUGGUGUUCAAAGCCACAAGUAAAGUAUCCAUUAUUGGAGAUAUUGCUCUAGAUGAUAUAUCCAUGGAGAACUGUGGGUUCCCAGCCCCUCAGUCUCAAUGUGUUCCGACUGAGUUCCGCUGCAACUCUGGUGGCUGCAUACAAGAAAACAAGCAAUGCGACUUCUCCAAUGAUUGCGGUGAUGGCAGUGACGAAAAUAAUUGUGAUGAUUUCCCUGGGAGUUGCAGCUUUGAGAGGAGUGCCCUGUGUGACUGGUCACAUGAUAGAACGGCAGAGACGUUUUGGCUAUGGGCUACAGGUAGUUCUUACAGAGGAACAAGACCGACAAGAGACCACACCACAGGUCUUUAUACAGGCCAUUUUCUCUACAUACAAGGGCACUAUUCUAGGAGAGUCGGGUGGCAAGGUCGGGUGGUGAGCCCUGUAUUCAGAGCUUCAGCAUCUCGGAAACGUUCAGUUAGGAACACAUGUACUUUUAGAUUUUGGUAUAUGAUGUACGGUAAAAACGUCCGAGGAAUAACAGUUUAUACACAAACAGCACAAGAUGGCCCCAUGAGGAAGGUUUGGUCAAGAAAUGGUGAUAUUGGUACUUUUUUCCAACGUGCCGAGAUACAACUCUAUCAGACUGAAGCUUUCCAGGUGGUGAUAGAGGGUACGAUAGGUGGAGGUGUUAGAGACAACAGUCUGGUGAUUGACGAUUUCAGCUUUACGCCUGGGUGUAUCAAACAUAACACAACAUUACCAAUGUUUACCACGGUAGCACCUACAAGAUCUACUUCACCAUCAACAACCCCCAAACCUACAUCUAUGAAAGUAACACCUCCAACAACAAGUACACUCAAACCACAAUGCAAACUCGACCAAUUUCAAUGCAAUAGUGGUGGAUGUGUUGAUAGCUCUAAAAAGUGUGAUUUUGUAAGCGAUUGUCCAUCAGGUGAAGAUGAAGAAGACUGCACUUAUUCGUGUGACUUUGAAGUUGACACUUGUGAUUGGUCAGACAUUUCAUACGUGAAUGGAUUUGAUUGGACAAGAGGAGAUGGACGAUCAACCAAUCAGAAGUACAACUCUGCUCCAGCAUCGGACAACACAUUAAAAUCUCCAGCUGGGUAUUACAUGUCCAUCUCCCAAAAUGUUAGAAACAAGAACCCCGCAAAACUGACGAGCAGAGCAUAUCCACAGACAAGCGCCAAUUGUAAACUUUCAUUUUAUUACUACAUCAAUGGAGAACACCCUGGAGAUAUACUCGUGACCAUAGAUGAAAACAAUAACACUGCAAGUAACACUGUAACAACAACAGCUUUAUCACGAUUAACGGAGAAGACGAAUGGACAGUGGAGACAUGCUGUAAUUGGACUUGGAAGACAUGGUGAAAUGACGAUCACAUUUACUGGGAAUUCAGAUUCAGACUUUUACUCCGGGACAAUUGCAUUGGACGACAUCGCGUUUGAAGGUUGUGAACCUCCCGCGCCUGUUAGAAGAUGCUCAUCGUCUAAAUUCCAGUGUGCAUUCUCAAAAGCCUGUGUUGAUAAAUCUCAACUUUGUGAUAUUUCGGAUGACUGCUCAGAUAAUUCUGAUGAAGAUGCUGUGAUAUGUACCUCAUACAAACGCUUUGACUUUGAAACAAACAUAGGAGAGUUUACGUAUGUCCAUGUAAGUGACACUGUCCGAUGGUUCCGCACCCAAGGCUUGCAGUAUGAUUCGUUCAGAUCCCCGGGAAGGGACCACACAUUUGGCACAAAUAAGGGAUACUAUCUAUAUCUGCAAUAUACAUCAAUGGACUAUGAUAAAAACGACUGGUUAUUGAGCCACAAAUAUCAUGAAACAUCUGAUGGCAGUUGUAAGAUGAGGUUCUGGUAUUAUAUGGAUGGUCUCCAUACCAACAGCCUCUCUGUAUAUUCCCGUAUCUAUGCAUUUGGGGAUCCUACUUCGACGUUAUGGCAGCGACAGGGCUCCCUGGGGGAUUACUGGAACAGAGCAGAAAUAACAAUUAAUAUUCCGUACACGUUUCAAAUUAUCAUAGAGGGUAGAGCUGGCAUUGACAACACUUCAACCAUUGCGAUUGAUGAUAUUUCAGUUACACCUGGUUGCCAGAACUCAAAUAACAUGCUACCUCCGCCUCCAAGGAAACCCGAUACAACCAUUGUUACUAUGCAGUCAAGUACAAGUGUUACAACCUCAGGUACCAUAAAAACAACAGUUGCGGGUACGACUGCAUCUGCGACAGAUCAAACCACCACUACAAUGUCGACAAUGAAACCAUCAACGGAUAUGCCUACUUCAAAUAAAGGAACAACAACGUCCAGACAGACCAUGCAUAUACCAACUACUACAAAAGAUCCCACUGCACAGGGAAAUACCUCUAACAAAAAUAAUGCCGACAACAAAAACACCACUGCCUAUAUUGUAUUAGGUGUUGUUGCGGGACUGCUGGUUAUAUUGGUGUCGGCACUGUUGAUCCUUUUUGUCGCGAGGAGACGCAAAAUAAACAUGCUGUUCAAGGGUGGAAGUUUAGAUAAUCCGUUAUAUGACACGAUGGAUGAGAAAGAUGAAACAGUGUUUGCAAUGGCAUCAGUAAAUAGAAGAAAUGUAGAGGAGGUGGAUACUUCGAAUAAUAAGCCUUCGUCCGAUGCCUAAGAUGGAUCAGAUGUUUUGAUCGAAAUGGUUUUACAUUAUUACAAUACUUCUAUGACAUACAUACAUAUACUGUACAUCAUAGCAUUCCAUGUUCAGCACUCAUUGUUCAAUAUUCUAUAGCUAUCAUUCUUCAUUUCACUUUAUUGAUGAAAAAAUAAAUAUGUACUAAUUUUGUUAAC